CUUAAAAGCAAAGAAAUUAGGAGACUUGUUUGAUGGUUUCCAUGUUUUUAUACUAUUCAUUCAUCACUCCGUAUUUAACACCUUUCUCCGGUCCUUAUCUCUCAAUCAAACACCCAAUUCCAAUCUCUCUUCUCUCUCUCUCUCUCUCUCUCUCUGAACCUGAAUCUGUUGUACGCUCUAACAUGGAGUUAGCUUUGAGCCUGGGAGAAACCCCCAAAGCCUUCACAUUUCUUGACCAGUCGACCCAGAAGAAGACCACAGCAUUGAACAAAGAUCCAGGCUUCUGCAUGGCCUUAGGCCCUCUCGUCAAUGGCGGAGCCAAGAGAGAAGAGAUCAUCAGAACUCAACCAAAAGAGACCCGCGGGCGAGGCUCGCCGACCUCCGAUCAACCGGUCCAGCUUGAUCUCCUCCCUCUCGCUCCGGUUCCCCGCCGGCAACCACCGCCCCAGCUCUCGCUCAGCUUCCCAUGGCUCACUGAGAACGUGUUAUCUCAUGAACCGGGAAGAGGGCUGGACGGGAACCGUCUGGCGGAGGACGGGGCGGCGCUGUCGUCCCCAAACAGCACAGUCUCGUCGUUCCAGAUGGACUUGAUAUACAGAAGCGGCCAUGGGAGAGGCAAACGGGACGCGGAGACGUAUCUAAACGAAGCUGACGCAGAUCAGAGAGGCGCCUCUUCGAGAGGCAGCGACGAAGAAGAGAACGGCCUGACGAGGAAGAAGCUCAGACUCUCCAAAGAGCAAUCGGCUUUUCUUGAAGAAAGCUUCAAGGAACACAGUACCCUCAACCCUAAACAGAAGCUUGCUCUUGCAAAGCAAUUGAAUCUUCGUCCUCGCCAAGUGGAAGUCUGGUUUCAGAAUCGAAGAGCAAGGACAAAAUUGAAGCAGACAGAGGUAGACUGUGAGUAUUUAAAGAGAUGCUACGAGACAUUGACAGAAGAGAACAGGAGAUUGCAGAAAGAGGUUCAAGAAUUAAGAGCUCUCAAGACUUCCCAGCCUUUCUACAUGCAGCUUCCAGCCACCACUCUCACCAUGUGCCCUUCCUGUGAGCGCGUCGUCACCACCACCGCCACCACCACCGCCACCGGCGGCACUAACAGUACACUGCUGACCCUCACUAAAUCUAGAUCAUUAUUCCCCCAUGCCCAACACCAACAGCAGGCAGCUAGUUCAUAAUUAAGAAUCAACAAUCAUAAUUAUAUACCCUUUAAGAUACAGCUUCUCUGAUCUGUGUAUAUAUAUAUAUAGUAACUGGGUUGAUCAUUUUUUUGAUUGUUUGGAGCUUCUUGUUAGUAGGCAUGAUCUGGCUGGCCAUUUUGUGGGGUGGGGCAGAGAUGAUGAAUUAUAAUUAAUUAUUGGAAGAGUUCUUGAGUUGUAGAAGAGAUUUUGGCCAGAAGAUCGAUCUGUGACUUAUAUAUAUAUAUGGCUUCUCAGUUUUUUUACUAUCAAUCUGUUGUAGUU